UUAACUAUUAGAAGUUGAAGCUGUCUGCUCUUAGACCUGCUCUCCCAGAUCUGAUCUGAGCAGUUUAACUGAACCAUCCUAAAGAAAAUGGCUUUCCAAACCUACAGCUUGUUUGUUCUGUCUGUCAUCAUGAUUUCUUUUGGACAUGUUGAAAAUAUAUUGAAUCUUCUUCAACUUCAAAAUGAUAUAGACAAACUGAAAGCUGAUUUUAACUCAAGUCAUUCUGAUGUAGCUGAUGGCGGACCUAUUUUUACAGAGAGGCUGUCAAGCUGGACAGAGAGAAAUGAAAAGAGGAUCAUCCUGAGUCAGAUUAUUUCCAUGUACUUGAAAAUGCUUGAAAGCACUGACAGGUCAAAGGCUCAUGUCAGGAACAUACAUAAUGAGCUCAAUACUCUGAAAGAAAGCCUUUCUGAUGGUUCAAAGAAGAUAGAGGAUCUCAAGGACCUGACAAAACUUAAGAUGAGUGACUUGAAAGUUCAGCGCAAGGCUGUAAAUGAGCUGUUCAGCGUCUUACAAAAACUGGGGGAUACCUCCAGUUCUCACAAAAGAAAAAGAAGCCAGUUUCAGAGGCUGUGCAGAUGCUAAUGCCAUCUUAGGAUCUUCCGUACUGAGCUACUGUGCAAAUCUUGUUGAGACAAGAUUUUUUUAAUUUCAAUCUUUCUACUGAUUUUUUAUACAUUUAUUUAUUAAUAUUUAAGUGUCUUAAGUAAUUAUUUAUGAAGAAAGACUAAUAAAAGUAUUUAUACUCCCUAAUAUUAUAUAAGAAAUGACUUUGUCUUAAAAUCCUGUCUAUUUGUUGUAUGUUGUUGACCUGAAAACAGAGAAUGAGGCAGUGUUUACUCAGUUUCCAUAUGGAAAUCUUGAAAUUACAUUAUAAUGGUACCCAGCUUUCCAUCUGGUGCUGUCUUGAGAGAGAGAUGUUAUGAAAUUAGUCUCAUCUAUUUGGCAUGGAGAUACAAGCCACCAGUAUGGGGAAGUUACUCUAUUCAGGAAAAACAUUUUUAUGUCUGCUUACUCCUAAACAUAUCUAAAUCCAAAUCAAGCAAGUAGACAUGCUUAAAGAUAAGCAAAUGUUGAAGAAAAUUUCUGAACUAGAGGACUGAUGGUUGAUUGCUGGUUACUAUUAUUAUAAUUAUUAUUAAUUAUUAUAAUUAUUAUUAUUACUAUUAUUAUUGUUAUUAUGCACUGAAGAUACCAGGAGGGCAGUCUACUUAAUAUCUCAGGAGAAUGUGACUAACUGUAUUGCACUGACUUAACUUAAACUCUCAGAUUUUAAAAAUAUCUAUUGGUUUUUUUUUUUGUACUGAACCAUUCAAAUGUGUCUGUUGUAAUUUAAUUUAUUUGGAGGUAAUAAUAUGGAAGUUUUUAUUUCAAGGACUACAUUUUUGCACUGGACUAUUAUUAAAAACUUUGGAUUUUUCAACAGAGAUUUUUUGAAAUUUGAAUUUUAA